AUGGAUCCAGAGAUCCCAGUCCAGGAACAAAGUCCCCUAGAGCUGGAUUUAAAUGAAAUUACUAGGAAAAUUCUGUUUCUCGACAAAUGGAGGGGAAUCUUCAGGUAUUAUAGGUUGGGAAACAAUGACACAACUCCUCAGAAUCACGAUGGCACCCAUAUGUCUGCUGAGGAAACUGGAGACAGAUCCAGAAUGCUUCGCCCCAGAGGACAAGGACAGUUGCUAUCCAGUGGAUUUUGCUCUAUUCCCAGACUCACCAUCCUCUCUUCAAAACCGGAUGGUUUUCCUAUCUCCCCAUCAAUGGCCACAAUGCUGCAAAGAAGCCUCUUUGGAGACACUAACCAAGUCCUCAGCAGUGACUGGAGAAAGGCACAUUUCAAGUUCCACGAUCCUUUCUCUGACCUGGCCUUUGCUUUACAAGUAGAAAAGGGAGGAGCCCAGAGCAUUCAGAUGGCAGUACAAGGAUCUAUCAUCAAAUACCUACUGUUUACUAGAGAGGGAAAGGACCACGACCUUCACAGCUUAUGUAACCUGAGCCAGCGGGAGCAGGAACAAGCUCUAGCGGCCGUGCUGGCUGACAUCCUAUGGGCUGCAGGAGCAGCUCAGAAAGCAAUCCUCUGUUUCCUCACCCAAGACAUCCAGAGCACUUCGACCUGUGAGCACUCCAGCGACAAUUUCAUCGAGAGGCUCCAGCUGUUUGAAUUUUCAGAGAAAGGAGCCACCGAGAAAUUCAUCUAUGAUCAUUUACAAUGUUUCAAAGGGGAAGGAAGCCAUGGUGUCAUCAUCUUCCUCUACAGCCUGGUGUUCUCCAGAACAUUUGAGAGGCUUCAGAAAGACCUGGACAUCAGCACCACUCAUCUCUUGCAGUGUCAAUCUGGAAGCAUCUUGUGCAGGCAGGCAGUUCUAAACAUGAUUUUGACUGGGAGAGCAAGUCCAAAUGUCUUCAAUGGCUAUGAGAAAGGAAGGUCUGAGGAAACAUUACAUGGAGUCCUGACCCGCAGUGAUGUUGGCUACUUGCAGUGGGGUAAAGACAUUUCUGAGGGUGACCGACUCUCACAGGUGGGCAGCAUGCUGAAGACUCCCACAUUUCCUAUUUGGCUGUGCAAGAUCAAUGGAAAUUACAGCAUCCUUUUCUGCACAAAUAGGCAGCUCUUAUCGGACUGGAAAAUGGAGCGUGUCUUUGAUCUGCACUUUUACAGUGGCCAGCCCUCACAGAAAAAGCUUGUACAUCUCACAAUAGAUACUCACUCCCAUCGCUGGGAAGGAGAGCACCACGAAGAUAAACGUGGGUCAGGAAGACGGUUUUCUUCAGUGGAAAUGGCAAUCAGGACCAAAUGGAGAGAUGCUACCGUCAACUGGAACGGAACUGUUCCCUUUUUCUAAAAAGAAAACUAGAAACUAGUCUGAGGGGUCAGAACAAAUGGGAUGAAAAGGUAAAGCACAGGACUGGGCAUUUAAUUUCUACAUUUCUCUUUCAGGAGUCCCACUGAAAAAUGCCACUGGCAGUUUCUCUCACUCUUUUUUUUUCUCCUUUGCUGUGCUUUUAGAGUUGUUAUCAGUGCUGUAGAGAACUUUUUAUCACAGGGUCUGAGUAGUGGUUCCUUCAUUUAAUUCAGAAGAGAAAAUACGAUCUCUCCUCUUCAUGUUUUCAAAUUGUUCUUUCCCUGAGACUUCACUAAGACCGAAACUGGGAUCCCACUUCCAUUUGGGGAUGAAGUCAUCAGGAAUACAUCAUCAGCUUUUAGCCAUGGCAAGAGCUCAAGUCUUCUCAGGCCUCCCUGGGACAGGCAGUGUUCCUCUCCAAGGACACAUCACACAUGGCCACGUUAGCUGAUUCUUUGCAGUAAAGUAGCAAAGAGGCUUCCUCUUGCUGGGAAAGCGGCAGAGGGCUGCGUCCUGUGGGCAGAAUGCUCUGGCAGAUGCUCAGAGGACUCAAAUGGCCAAAGCAUCAGGCAGAAAGGAACGUUCUUCCUACCAGUAUUUUAUUUGUUUCUUUCUCCUAAACCAGAUAUAAAUAAUAGCAUAAACAGAGACAGUUUUACUCCUACGUAAAAUAAGAUUCAACAAAAAUAAUAUCUCUUCUCAUAUCAGUGUUGAAAGAGGAAAACAUCAUUUAAAGAAUGUGAUCUUUCUCUCUUAUGCUGAAUGCCCACACAAUUUCUGAAGAUAUAUACAUAGGAGACACACAUUCUUUCUAGAAGAUGUACAGGGAAAUCAUCUAUCCUAUCUGCUGACUCACAGAUUCAGGGUUUAGGAUGUGGAAGCCAUAAGUCAGAUUCCAAGGAACAAUUUCUCUGCACUCAGCAGCCACAUUAAUUUGUUAAAUGCCUUUUCAUUUGGCUCAAGAAUAGUAUUAUAACCUCAGACAAAUGUGGAGAACAAAGCUUCAAAGUGAACAAUAAAUUGUGUGAGAA